AUGAAUGAACUCCUAAAUAGUAACGCCACCAUCAUUUGUAAUAACAUCCCUAUUCAUAUUAAUCGUUUUGAAAUUACUGAGAUAUUUAGUAAAUAUGGUCCUUUAUUAGGUCAAGGCAUAUAUUUUGGAAAAAAAAACAGCAACUUUUUUUUUGUAAAAUAUGUUCAUCUUAAGGAUGCAAUAAAAGCUUACGAAAAUUUAAAAAAUGAAAAGGAAUGUGAACAUGAUUUCAAAUUAUCAUUUAGCAAAAAUGAUGAGAUAAAAUAUAAAGCUUUAAAAGGAAAUAAGAAAGCUAUUGAAGAAUUAAAAAACAUUUAUAAACAAAAUGAUGAAUUAAAAAGUCAAGACGACAUAGGUAAUUAUAUCCUGAACGAAAUAAACGAACAAAACAAUGAGCAAUUGAAAAAAAAGAAGAAAGAAAAAGAAAUGGAGAAAAAAAAAGAUAAAUCUUUCAUCUUAAAUUUGUUAACCAAUAUUGAUGAGACAAAAGAAAAUGAGCAAGACAUCAAGUUAAAGGAGGAACUGAAAAAUUAUGUUAAUCUAAAUUCUCUAUGUUCUUAUCAUUUUGAUGAAAAUAAUAAAUAUGAUAAUUAUU